AUGGACCGUCCGAUUUUGGUGAAUGAAUUUGAAGACAUGGGAAUGAACAUACCGGACGACAUAAUUGAUGAAUGUGUCAUUGUAUGUCAUGCACAUAAAAUAUCAGCAUCAGAUUUAGUUGGAUCUUGGAUAGCAUAUUGUGCAUCGUCUCAAAUCGAUUCAAAUGAUUUAAGUAGAGAUAGGCUUGCUACAUUAGUUAAAUCCUUCAAGGUUGAUGACAAAUCAAAAGCCAAUGACAAGAAAUUGAUUGUAAAUAAAUCAAGUUUAAAUGAAUCAGCUACACAAUCAGUUCGUAGUCCAACAUCAUUGAAAAGUACACAUGGAACUAAUAUUAUGCAAAUCGAAAAUGAAUUCAAAGUAUCCGACAUUAUUGAUGGAGAUGAUAUAAAAGAGUAUGUAUGCUAUGUAUAA